CUUCAUUACCAGUUCAUUUUGAGAUAUCAACAAGUGUUAUAGACUUCCACCCUUCUUGCAACACCGGAGUUGUGUAUAUCGUAGAAGCAGAUGUCAUCGGGGGAACGUACAAGCGGAAUGUGGCAAGGCUGAGAAAGGCCAACAAUGUGCGAGGCAUUGUACUUGUUGAGAAGACCAUCACCACAUCUCAGUAUUAUUACGAUGUUCAAAAGUUUUGUGUCAGCGACCUUGGACUUAGUGUGGUUCCUAUUGCUGACCACAAGGAGGCUGCAGAUUUCCUGAUACAGAUGGUGCACGUGGAGAGCAGACUGGACAGUAACCCAUUUCUGAAACCUGUUCCUGCCCCCUCGGCCGAUGUUGCCGUGAUGUCAGUACUGACCACCUGUCCAGGUGUGGGGGAAACCAAGGCUCUGGCAUUGUUGGACAACUUUCCUAGUCUUGAAUGCUUGUCUAAAGCUACCUUAGAAGAACUGGCGGCUGUCGUAGGAAAAGCUAGCGCAGGGAAACUGUAUGACUUUUUCCACAGAGUAACUUGA